AUGGCCGGCUCUGCUGCAAAGCAGAAGCAGGCUGGCCGCCCUCAACCAGCGAUUCCUUCGUCGUCACCAAGAAGCUCACCAUCGUCUUCUCCACCAUUUUCUAAAGCAUCGACACCCGACAACGAACUCACUCCACCUGUAUCUGCCCUCAUGGAGUUGAGCCGAAAGUCUCGCUCGGGCUCUCGCUCUCGCUAUCCCCAAUCUACUCCCUCAAACUCACCCUCUCCCCCUGUUGUGGUCGAGAUUUCCAUGUCAGCACAGUCCACUGUGAUGCCUCACACACGAGAUAAAAACACUAUUGUCUCGACCUGCAAUACCCCAUCAAAUGAGGCUACCGCCAAUACCUCCUCGAACCAAACCAUCGCCCAGCUGAAUGUGCCAACCCAAUCGUUCACCGAACGAAAGUCAUGGGCAGACGUUCUUCGCCUACCGCCCGAUUCAGAUGUCACCAUUGAAAGUGCCAUGAAGUCUCCAUCUGAAUAUUUCGAUGCCAAACAAAGUCCGAGAUCGUCACCUGAGACAUCCGGUCCUUCUUCCAAGAAAUCUACUCCGCCCAACAACAAGAACCAAGUUUCUACCCAGCUCACUACAGCUCACUCUCGCUCGGGGCCAAACCCCUCCAGCCCCUCUCCACCGGGUGCACGAAAUAGCCCGACUCGCCCUUCGGGUGAAAGUUCUGCUUCCUCAAAAUCUUCUGGCAAGACGGCCAGAUUCACAAAGCUUCGCAAGGGUGUGGUGAUCAGCCCAUCUCCUUCGAGCAAUACCCCAAGGGGAAAAAAGAACAAGAAUUCCUGGAAGAAGCCCCAGAUCUCGGACCCGCUUCCCUCAGCCGACAGCUCGCGAACCGUUUCGCCCGAAAAGGACGAGAAUGAUGAGACGACCGAGAAGCACGAUCAGAACGACAAGACAGAGGAGACCAAGAAGGCCGAGAAGAGCGAAAAGAUCUCUAGCCAUUCAAGCAGUGUCCCUCAAGAAAAAGCCCCCGAACGAGCAUUGCCACUUGCUACGGAUAACCCCAACAUCAUCGAGAAUCUUCGAGGUCAGUUCGGCAAUCCGGCCUAUUCUGACAUUCAAAUUCUCGUGGGAUCCCAACAAUCUCAGAAUGCCCAAAACUUCGGACCAGGCUCAAACUACGAGGUCUUCUAUGUCCACAUGCCCGUGUUGCAUCUUAGCCCCUUCAUGCGGCAGAUGAUUGAGGCAAAGGCAUACGGACACAAUGAUGGUCUCCGCUACAUGCAUGUCAUCCUCGGCCCUUCUUUCAAUCUGGUUCCGGCUUUCAGUAUGGCACUUCAAUACCUGUACAGUACACCUCUCAUUACAUCUGAAAACCUAUGGGAGGUGGUACUGAGCAGCGCAAACCACGGCCUGGUUUACGGCAAAACCAUCGGGGAGUUUCAGCCGGGAAUCGCAAUGGUUCAUUUUUCCCUGUGCUAUGCUGUGUCGGGCUUGUUUUUGAAUCUCCCUGAAGUCAUCAAGAGAGGUAUGGAGCUUGCACAUGGUCUUCUCGCAUGGAAUACGGUCGAGUUAUUUUUCCGAUUCGGGAUGGAACCCUCGGCCUACAUGAUGAGCUGCCCCGAAUUGAGCGCCGAGAUGAUCGCUUCCCCAACCCCCAACAGCAGCAAUGCGGGGGAAAUGUGGCCACCAAAGAUCAGCAUGAGCCACAUGAAGGAGUUCAAUGAGAAGUGGCCUGGUGUGACCACCAACAUUGCGGUGCAAUUCAUCGCAAAUGCGAUCACACCCGACUUUGUGGUUUACGAACGAGCCCAGUCCAAAUUCGCCCCGUCUCGCAUCCCAGGUCCCCUCUGGACUCUACCCAAUUCACAAUGCUCGGACCCAAGACUGGAAAGUCUCAAAUUCGGAGGCUUCCUCUCAUACUCAGAGACCGCACCUACCGACCCCGCUGUCCUCGUCCCUUCCGCGAUGCUUCUGACUUUGCCAUUUUCAGCAUUCUCGAAGCUCCUAAUCAUCCUGAACGAGCGCGGAAAAGCUCAAGUGGACCUGAUUUCGGAAGUGGUUCGCUUGCGUGAGGCGCGCCGCUUGCAAGCGGUUCGACAAUACCAGGGACAACUCUGGCCCCCCGGUACCAUCCACCGGCCAAGUCUGGAAGAGCUCGCAUAUCGCGAGUUCGUCAUGUGCGGCGACCCAAAUGCCAAUCCGAGUGACAAUAAUCCACAGACAUGGGUGAUGCGAGUCUGGGUAGGCCUAUCACACCCAAAGAUGGAGGCGCUCAAGAGAGCGCAUGAAGAGGAGAUGGAGAACAAGGAGGGGAAGGCCAAGUGA